AGAGAGAAGGCGCUGGGGAAGGACCACCCCAACACGCUGACCAGCGUAUACUGCCUCGCCCACCUUGAUCACACAACAAGGCGCUACUUAGAAGCCGCAGAGCUGUAUCAAAGAGCGUACCACGGGCGUAUAUGGACGCUCGGCUCUCAACACCCA